ACAAUUCAAAUCAUUCCACAAAGUCAUGGCGAAUCAACUUCUAAUCAACAACAUUGUCUUCAGCAGCCUGCUUUUCCUGGUCCUCACCAUCACUAUAGCCUCUGCCAGUCGAAUGCUUGACGAAACCGACCCAUCAUUAGUGGAUGCCGCUCCUGCUGCCGCCUCCACCACCCCCAUUUCCGGCGUAUCUCCGGUUGUAACCACCACAAGCCCUGUUUCCUCUGCUGCUUCAAACCCAUCAUCUGUUGUUGGUGGGGCAACAGCUGCAAACACAAACUCAAACACAGUGGGUAGUGGCGGGGGCGCCGGUACUGGAGAUAACCACGACAUGAUAUUCUUCAUGCACGACAUUCUCGGCGGCUCAAACCCAACAGCCAGGGCUAUGACAGGUAUUGUAACAAACCCAGCAGUCAAUGGUCAGGUCCCAUUUGCCAAGCCCAACGGUGCUGUCCUUCCAAUCAACAAUGGAUUACCUGUAAACAAUGCCAACAGCGCUAUCAUCAACAACAACAACCUCCCAUUCCUAACAGGUCUUGGUGGGACAAUCCAAAAUGUUGGGCAAAACCAGAACACAAACGGAAACAACAUCAUCGGUGGGGUAUCGGGUUUCCCUGUCCUGAACAGUGCACAGCUUCCUUCAGGGAGCACUUUCCAGAAAUUAAUGUUCGGGACUAUAACAGCCUUCGAUGAUGAACUUACAGAGGGACAUCAAUUGGGAUCUGGGUUGGUCGGGAAGGCGCAGGGGUUCUAUGUGGCUAGCUCAGAAGAUGGGAACAGUCAGACAUUGGCAUUCACGGCUACGUUUAAGAAUGGGGGUUAUGAGGACAGUAUUAGUUUCUUUGGGAUACAUAGGAUUGCUGUGUCGGAAUCACACUUGGCCAUAAUGGGAGGGACUGGGAAGUAUGUGAAUGUUAAGGGUUUUGCCGUCGUUAAGACUUUGCCUCCGGGGACUAACCAGCAAGAGACCGACGGGAUGGAGACUGUGCUUGAGAUUUCUGUAUAUCUUUCUUAUUAA